AUGGGAAACUCGCAAACUAGCAGACGCAAAUUUCUUCUAAUGGGGAAGACGGGCGCGGGUAAAAGCUCUACAGCAAACACCUUGCUUCAAAAAGAAGUCUUCAAACAAAGCACAAAUGCGACUGCGUGUACUAAAACAGUGGAGCUACAUGGCUUGCAAUAUAAAGAAAUGUAUUUUGAUGUUGUUGAUACUCCAGGAUUAAUGGACACAGAACUUGAUGAAAUAGAUAACACUAAAUUCACUCGAGGCAAUAUGAUUGAGGCUAUGAAAAUAUGUGAAGGAGGUUUCAAUGCUUUGUUACUUAUUGGGGACUUAAAUCUGAUGAAAGAUUCGGCUAAAGUCUUGAAAGAUGAUACUGAAAAAGUCAUUUCUGCAUUUGGAAUUUUAACUCAUAAUAAUAACCUGAAUUUAACUAACCUACCAGUGAACGGAAAUUCAACCGAUUCAGAAAUAAACCCAACAGCAAAUUUCUUACAACUUACUGAAAAAGUAACCUCGACAUUUAAAAAAUAUUUGGAAAAAGAGCCAAAAUGUUCGAAACAAUCUGAGCAAUACAUGGAGAUGAAUCAAAUCCUCAACAGUCCUUUACAGAACAGCCUGAGAAUACUUGGGAUCCACAUGGAGAAGCUGAAAUCCCCGGCAAACGUCAUUGAAGACAUGAACUUCCAAAUCCAUUACUGGAUCUCAGUGAUAGCUGAAGAAGCGCACGGCACCAGAUUAUUAGAUGAUGUCAUGACCGAGGCGGAAGAUCUUAAGAAAGAGAUAGAACAAUUUCAAGUAAAUCGAGCCCUACAUUUCUUCGCCUAA